GGCCAGCAAUCGGCCAAGGCAUCUCAUUCCAUAUUGCUCAGACUGAUUCCGCAUCUGAUCAGGAGCACCCGAUCUCGGAUCUGUUUGCUGCAGCAUCAUGGCAGCUGCGUCUCCACAAUACAGCAUCUUGCUGGUGGACUAUACCAGCACACGAUCGACCAGGACCAGGACCCUGGUUGUGUUCUCCAGUUCCGCAACCGCUGCCGCCAGGGUCGUUAUCGGCGACUCGGCUGGCUGCUUGAGGUCGUUUUCAUGGGAAGGCGGUCGACUCGAGCCCAGAUGGACAUUCCAGGCUAAUGCACCCAUUGAAAGCGUUCAAAGACAUACGGAGUCCUCCAAGGUCUGCAUCUUGGUACGAUCGGCAAUCAUCGUUCUCGGCCUCGAGAGCGGCGAGUUCGUGGAGACCAUCGAAACCCAUAUGGCUGAGGCUGUAUUGCAUCUGGCGUGCGCAAAGGGACCCGGCAUCUACCACAUCGCUGGCGAUCACUACCACGAAAUCAUCGACAGCAGCCGAUCCAUUCAUCACAAACCCUAUGGCGAUCGAAUACUCGACAUGCUGCUGCUUGACCUCGGGGACGCUGAGGCGCUGGCCAUCGCAUUCGAAAACAAGCUCGUCCAAGUCAUGCAGGGCCAAAGCUUGCUUGAUGUAUAUCUGGAGCACACUGCGACGUGCCUGGCCGAGUUGCGGCAUAGGGACCAUGCAAAGUUCCCCGGAAGGUUCAUUGUCGCUGGAACAGCCGCUGGAACGAUUCACUGUGUUCACUUCACUCCGGAAGCCUAUCACCAGCUGUGGAUCAUCAAGAGCAGCGAGGCUGUCAGCGUUCUCACGCUGGCCGAUCCAACGCACGAAGGAAGCGACAGCGUCCUGGCCAUUGGAUAUGCAAAUGGACUGGUGCAGUGCUACUCCUUGGCGCUGCCUGAUCCCGUCCUCCUCUUUGCCACGUCACUUGGCGAAUCGGUGACAAACUUGGCUAUCCAAGAAGGCAACUGCUUCCUGCCUCGGCUGUUGGCAACCACCUUCACGGGUCGUAUUGUUGGAAUAUCUUGUCAGAAUGCGCCUGGAUCAGGAGCGGAUGCCAAAGACCAAGUCACCUCACAGGCUGUUUCAGCGCUGCAAGGCUUAAUAGCAACGAUCGACUUUGGUGAUCUCGUCGCCAGUGACGGUAGUGGCGGCUUGCACAACCAGUCCCUCGCUCCCAACACUUCCCUCUCGGGCUCAGUGCUCUCGACCCAGACAAACGUUCUCGGGGUGCCGACGACGACAUUCCAUUUGACCGCAGAGACCCGCUCGGUGCCGCUUGUAGAGGCGCUGAAUGGAGCACCUGCCGACGGAGAUGCAUCGGCAGUGCCUACUGAACCCUCGGAUGCAAAGAAGGACACCAACACCAUGUUGAUCUUUGAUUGCCAAGAGUCGCUCUACACGCUCUCGAUCGAAGUGAGCGCCUCUUUUGCGACGCUCGUCAUUCUCCGUGCCGACUUUGAGCUCACCGUUGCCGAUGAAGCAGAGGAUACGAACGCGCUGUCGAUAUCUCCGAUUGAUAAAGAGAAUCGGGACCAGGGAAAUCUGUUUCUAGCCACCUACAGGCCACCCACCAAGACCCGCCGCCUUGUUUUCAAGGUCAUGCCAACCGAAAACUCGCACGGCGUCCUUUCCCUCUACGUCGCUAUGGAGAACAGCAAGUGCCGUCGCUUUGCAUUUACCUUCAAGCCCAUGUCGCUGCAUGAACGAAUCAGUUCCAUUCCGGGAGAUGAGAGGAGUGUAAGCUUCCUCUCGAUGAGCAGCGAACUGUCCUUGAGCGAGCUCAACUCAUGGCUUUCCCUGUGUUUCAACGGAAUCCCAGAAAGACCGAUUCAGGCACACACAGACGAGGUGCACUACUACUUCCGAUGCAGCUAUCUCCCAUCGUUUGUGACGCUUGUGCUUCGGAAGGGCUUGCUGUCCGUCUUUAGCGAGUCGGCUCUGUCGCUCCAGGUCGUCAAGCAGUUCCUUAUCUCCGAAGCCGAGAGGCGGGUCCAGCCUGUUAGCUUCCAGUGCGAACUGAAUCCGGACGCCACUUUGACGGUCGUGAGACACCUCUAUCAGUCCAUCUUUGAGUGCAUAUGCGCUUUGCGCCAGGCCAUGAUCCUCGAGGCCAUCAAGGAGCUCGAGAUCCAGGAGGGGCAGUCGCUCGACUUGAGGCAGCAACUUGGGGUAUCGGGGCCUGUCAACCCGAUGGCACAGGCAAAAAUCGAUUCCAAGAUCAGUGUUGCUGUGGACGUAUUCCGAGCAGUCAUGUCGCUGCGCGGCGUCCGCAUCAGCCAGCAAGACAGGCAGCUGAGCGACUACCUGCAUGAGAUGAUUGAGCAGUCCAGAAACACCGCUCGUACCUCGGCAUUCACUCUCGAUCGUCUGAUGGAUUGGUUCCGAUAGCGGCGACGCUGCUGGCCGUCAAUAGUGUGAAUGUGCCAGUCCGUGACUCGGUUCAGCGCCUAUAUAUGCAUGCAACAGCUUCGAUAGUGAGCCUGGGACAGCUUCACACUCGAUGCAACAAACAGGACACCCAGUUUCUUGGUCAAAUGGCUCUGUUGGACACAGAUUUUCAAAAAAAAUGCCACGUUUGAUUGAAAGGUGGUGUGUCCGGUUUGUUUUCGAACAUGGGGCAUGUCCCUGAGAAAGGCGGGUGGAAUUCGUCGAAUAUCCCACUCCCGCCCGGUGAUGCUCAAACAUGGACUACGAUUGGUG